AUGGACACCGGCUUUCGAUCUCAUCGCCGCGGCGCAUCCGCGCGCCUUCGCAAGACGUUUCGGUACCCAAGUGAGGAUGAGGCCGAUGAUGGAAAUGCGCUUGAGGUUAUGGACGAGCAGGAACAAGACUCCCUAAUCACCACCCUCUCCCACCAAAACUCCCAGCGCAACAUCCAAUUCCGCUCCCUCCUCCUGCUAAUCCCCGCCAUCGCUUCCGUCCCUUACCUCCUCGCCCUCUUCCUUCCUUCCCCCUCACAGAGGAAAUCCUCCACCGCGAUAUUUUCUCUCCUUACCCUCACUUCCCUAGCCGCCACCACCUUCAUCACGGUUAAAUUACCUCCAACAAAAACCGGCUUGUCAUUCGUCGACUCACUCGCCGCUUCCGCUUCCACGAAGAAGAAGAAUGGGAAGGGCGACGGGAAGCCAGGAAGAAGUGGAAUGAGAGUCCCCAACCUUUAUGGCUCCGGCAUGCUUGUCCCCUCGCCGCUGGAGGUCUGGUUACCUUAUCUCAACGUGGGACUUUGUUUGCUGGUAUUAUUGACGGGGUUGGUCACCGGUAGUGGGGGACAUCAAGUAGGAGGAAGCGUGGGAAAGGUGUACCUUGCCGCGUUGCCGGGAGUGAUUUAUGCGGCUACGGUGGUGGCGAAGGUGGUUAUGGCGGGGGUUGAUCCGGAGGGGGAGUUGGGGGGUUUGAGGUAUGGGUAUAAGGGUGCUUAG